ACAUUAGUGACUGAGUUGCUAAUGCUGAUGGCUGCAGUGGUUAUCACAAAACCUACCCAAGCAAAACGUUAUGGUAGUUAUGAGGACGGUAACAGUGGUGCUGGUGGUACAAAAUGGCCUGCCGAAGAACAACCCACAACUAGCAACACGAACACGACCACGGGCACACACGUCUAUAACAUCUACCAUUAUGACCGCCGCAUGUGGCCUAAUCCUGGCUAUAGUAGUGACGGUGGUGGGCACUCCAAACUACAACACAACAACCAUCACCAACCCCAUGAUCACCCUCAGCCAAACCUACUCCUCCCACCGCAAUAUUCACAGUCAUUUGUAGACAACAUGAACUACCAGUAUACUUCACGACGCCAUGAAAACCCACAGGCUUUACAAGCCAGCUCACAUAUACAACAACGUCCCAACUAUAAACUCCAACACAGUCCUCACCAUUCACAACGCAAUGCACAGUCAGCACCACUAACGUCUUCUCUCAAUCAACAACUGCAAUAUCCACCAUACCUCAGCCACCAGCCCCAACAGCAACACACUUUACAGUUUGUACCACAUCCUCAUUACAAAUUUCAGUACAACACAAACCAUUCACAAACUCGCUCACAACCGCCAUCGAAACCAUCUCCCGACAACAGAUCACCACAGCAACCACUACACCACAACCUGCAAUAUUCCAAAAGUCACCACUGGUUUCUCAAGUACCCCAGUCAGUUUUUCAACGGAUGGAUGAUGCAACAACAACUGCAACAACAACAGCGACAACAACACGAAGAUGAAAGGUACCAGAAAUCAUCAGCUCAGGAGACAUCCAUAGCACCUCCGCCCAUCACCACUACAUCGGCAGCAACAUCGGGAACAUCAGCUCAAUCACAGCAAGAUUUCACUACUAGUAACUCUGCGUCAUUCGUUAAGGUGAAAGAAAGCCAUAUCCUAACAUCUACCACAAAAGAUGAUGAUGCAUUAACUGUUCAUGUUCCUGGAAUAAGCAAUGUAAAUGUAGCACCAACCACCACCACCACCACCACCACCAUUACAGGUACACAAGUUCGUCCCCACCCUCACACCACCACCACCACCACCAUUACAGGUACACAAGUUCGUCCCCACCCUCACAUCACCACCACCACCACCACAAUCACACCACAUCAUCUCCGUGAAAAUACUACCAGCUUUUCACUACACCCUACCACAGCAGUUCCUCACAUCAACAAUAUCACAGUUUCCGGACGACUACAACCAACUUCAGCAACACCAAUAGCACUGUCACACAGCUACAUACCUUCCCUCACUCACAGAUUCACUCCCUUAUCUUCUUUGGAGGAUGCUUAUUUCACCAGAACUGCGGGUCACCACGGCUCUCGCUUAUCACAAGAUAAAUCACAGGACUAUACUGAACCCAUUGUCACUCCAUUUACCAAAAGUGAUAAUCUGCCGACAGUUACACAUCAGGGAGACAAAGAGAAUGGUCGAGUGGAUACAGUCGCGCCCAUUGCAUACAUCAGCCACACAAACAUAGAGAAUGAAGAGGUAGUGCCCGUGUCAUGGAAAGCGGCUGUUAUACAAACAAAUAAAGAACACGUAACAGCUACAAACAAAGCUACAAUGAAAGAUCAUAAUGGAAGUGGUCUAGGAGACAUAGUUAAUCUGAAUGUGGGUAGAUUAGAUUUAGCUAAUCCAACUGUUAUUAACUCUACUGUGGUUGAUACAUUAGAAAUUAUCCACACGACACUUUCCCCACCUGGCAGUACUGUCUACAGCAUACAUCAUGGUAACAACACCAAUUCUAAUGAGACAAUAGAAAGCGAUAAAACUGUGACUUCUAAUGAGAGACAGAGCAGUUUCCACAUAAGACAAAACCCCUUCAAUUACACAAACACUGAAAACACAACUUCAAAUUCAUUUUUCAAGAGUAAAGGGGAACAUAAUGGUGUUGAGAGGACCGGUGUGAUAAGCAAGGCUCCUGCCAUCACCUCCCAGCCCCGAAAUGGAAGUCUUAUCACUAAUGAAAACCCCAAUUUAACACCACUUUCUGAGAAUAGGUAUGAAAAGGAUGGGGAAGAGAGGAAAGGUGCUAGACGUGAGCCUCCUAAUAACGCCCGCAAUUCCGAACACGAGAGUUCUAGCCCUCAGCUGGAGGGCACUAAGCUGCAAGGCCACAAAGCGUUUCAUCCCGGCCCACCUCAGUGUCACAACAGACACCCCAUCCCACACUGCCUCAUCACCACAUCAGUGCCUCCAUCACCACCACCGAUACAAGGACACCUCCCACAGUUCAGCCCAGCAAGCAGGCUGCGCUUUGUUUUAAGAAAGCGCCCGCUGCUAAGAGCACACAAACUCAGUCAACAUCCGUCACAGAAUGUAACCAUCAGGAAGGUUUUGCCGCAGUUUAGCCCAGCGAGUGGAAUCAAGUUUCUCUUGCUUCCUCCCAUGGUUCAUGAAUCAGCAGGUCAGCAGAAGCAGCAGCAGUUUGGAAGCAACACCAGUUCUAGGGUUACUGAGGAAAGUAAUGAUGAGGGUACGGAGAUUAAAUCAGACAUGGCAAAUGUAACGAAACACUCCACUAUGGAAGAUGUUAGCGGCACACAGGAAGCUACGGACAGUCACAGUAAUGUAAAUGAUUCCAAGGUGGCACAGGAUAACGCUUUUAAAAUGAAGGAUGACUCUGAUUACAUGCAGGACCACAAUGAUAAGGAUGACAAGACAGUGACACAGAACAAUACCGAUUCCAGAAUGAAGAACGAGGCUAACCAUCUGUCCCUGCAGACACAUAGUGCAGCCUCCAUAGCACAACACAGGACCUCUCUUGCGACGCACGGACACAACAUUACAAAGAGUACAGAAGCACCUGAGAGAAAACCUAAAGAUAAAGAUGAGCUUGCCUUAAAAACUUCUGUACCAGAGGAUCGAAACAACAAAUACAUUUACUUGGAUGGAAACAGUGACUCAAAAGUGACGAGUACGGAUACUAACUCUGAAGUGACACUUUCAAAACGACCCAAGGAAAAUAUUUCAUUCCUGGUAGAACAUUCUGCAUUAAUAGAAGAAAGCAAAACUAAUAAUUUCUUUGUCUCCUCUUCAAGUUCGAAAUUUGGCAAGAGUAAUGAGUCUGAGAUGAACAACCGUGAAGGCACAAAAAGUAUAAUUAGCAUGGCCCAGGGAGAUGGCUGCCAUGUUGACGGGUGCAAAUCAAACAGGACUUCCAUCCAAAAGAACAACUCUAAAUUAGAAUUGGGCAGUAAAACGAGUUUAGAAAUGAUUAUUAAGUCAAGUACUCCUAACUCUGAGGUAGAGGAUGGAGUAAAUACCGAUCCGGGAACAAAAGUUAUCAUGAGCAAUCCUUUGCCAGAGAUCGAAAUAAAACACAUUAGUAAUAUUAAUCAGAAAAGAAAGACCGGACCCCAAAACACUAACUUUCAAAAUGGAGAGACGAGUGAGACUAAACUCUACGGAAGGAAGACAAUGAGUACACCUGAAAACAGAGAGCAACACCCUGUAGAAAAGGAGACACAUAGAGGUGAUGAUACAAGUAACAGCUCUGCUAACCCCCAUACGCCAGCACAUACAGUCACGCCCUGGCCAGAUAGGGCAAGGAUCAGGGUGUUCGUGACCCCACACAGACACAUGCAACCUAAUCCUCCUCACCAAACAUCGGCAUUCUCAAGUGGGCACCUGUCAACCCAAUCAAGGCACAAAGGAAAGCCUGUCACAAGCAGCUCUUCCAUAGGCACACAUGACAGUACAGGUACACACACACCUGAGUACCAAAUAUCACAUGCCACAGACACCCACGGCCCCCCAACACACACAUCCUCAAUAACCACACCCUGGACACACACCUACACGAGGGAGCGAGGAGAGGAACAAUCAACCGCUGACUUCCUUAGGCAUCUACCAGAGUUCCUGCGAGGGUCUGUCUUCAUCGAUCGUGCAGAUAUGGGUGGACUGGCAGGUGUUGCAGUCAGUGAUAGCUAUGGCAGUGUUUACUACCAGGGGAACUAACUUGUAGUGUAGUUACAGCACAUUAUUUAACAGGGUAUUUAUGGAGAUGAAACCACUUCUAAAAUGUUAAAUAGGGUACAAUUGAUAUUUGCCUAAUUUUUGAGCGGUUCUUAAUUGUUUGACACUAACUCGUUGGAGUCCCAUUAAAUAUACUGCUACAUGCGGUCCAGUGUAGUGUGUGUGUGUGUGUGUAUGUGUGUGAAUAGUAUUAAAAGGUAUCUUAGUUAAUUUUUAGCUUUUUUUCUUGCUCUCUAUUACGAAAUUAAGUGUACAUAUUUGUUAGAAGUUCGAAAGCUCAUUCAUGUAAUAUUUUUUGCAGUUUUUAAGAUCUGGAUCUUCAAACAUAUAAGAAGUCUAAGAACUGACAAGUUUCCUCGAAUGUCUGUCAUGUUUAA